AUGGAUACGGACAGUGCAUACAUCGCUAUUAGUGGUGAAAAUAUUGAAGAAUUGGUUAAACCUGAGUUGAGAGACGAGUUUGAGACCGACAAGAGUAACUGGUUCCCACACACUGAUAGUGUAGAGAAUGCUCGAUACGACAAAAGAAACCACGGUUAUUCAAAGUGGAAUGGGAAGGGUAAGGUAUUGUUAGUUUAUGUAGUAAAACCUAUUAUUGUUUUGGGGAUGGGAAAGAUAAAUUUAGUUGUAAGGGUGUAAAUAAGAAAAAUAAUAUAAUUAAUAAAGAUAAGUAUUUAGAGGUGCUUUUAAGUAAACGUAGUGGGUAGGGUGUAAAUAGGGGUUUUAGAGUUUUAAAUAAUAUUAUGUGUACAUAUGUUCAACACAAAAACGCUUUUACUUAUUUUUAUCCCAAACGAAAAGUUUUAGAGGACGGUGUGUCCACAAUUCCAUUAAGCCUCACAGCGAGAAGAUUACAUCACACACAAACUCAAAGACUGUGAAUACUGGAGAUAUGGCUAAAAGAUUACGAAGAUAUAGACAAAAGAAAAAGAUUGAGAUAGAGAAACUUAGGAGGUUAAAAAAUGUGUCACUCAGAAUCACCCCCUGAUCUGGGAGUUGUUUGAACAAGAAGAAUUAAAGACGCUUAAAAUAAACGUACAAGCACUUUCCCACCCAUCAAUGCCGCCACUGUUUCAAGUACAAGCAGCUAUUUCUCUUGUCCAACUAAAAAGAUCAUUUAAGAUAAACAUUUUCUUGAACGUCACUUUGCAAGCAAAACUAAGGCUAAAUAGGCAAAAAUGCGACCAAAGUUUGUAAAUGCGACCUCACCAACCCUCAAAUACAAUGGUCAAUUUGUUGGCCAUUAAUGUUUUAACAAAGCACAGUUAUACAGGGAAACUUUUAUGGAUCUUGUGCGCUGUAAUAUAUGGAUCUGUUCUUGUUCCACCAAGUAUCAACAAAGGCUUUAUUUGUGUGAAUGAACUUUAAUUCGGAUUGUGACUGUAUGACACAAUCUAUGUUGUAACGAAUCCAAAUAUGUAAUAUAAACGACAGUUUUUAAAUUUUAAAAAUAAUUUUAAUAUAUAUGUGUAUACAAUUUCAACCAGCAUGUAAUAUAUAAACGGGUAUUUUUAUCUUGCAUUAGUUAAAUUGAAUAUAGCUACCUAGAUAUCAAUUUGAUGUAUGAUUCCAUGUCAAACCUUCUCAGUAGUUUUAUCAAUAAGUAUGCAGGAAAAUCUUUCUAAUUAUGUCAAAAUUUACUCCUAUAGUAAGUUAACAUUGAGUUGGUGUUCUCACAACUGCAACUCAUUUACACCAAAACAGUGUAUAAUUUUUGAAAAGAUUUAUUCAUAGAUUGAGCAUAGCUAGAUACAUUAAAAAUAUAUAAAAUCGAUUAAAGCACUUCGUUUAAAAAGGUUCAAGUUAGUACAAAGUGUCAAACAAACUAUUAUUCAUAUAAAAAGGAACUCUAGUGCCCCUCAAACAUAGAAGGGAAGAUCUCAGCAGACAAAAAGAGAGUUUCGUACGUAGCCAAGACAUAGUUAUUGAGUAUGGUGAAACAGUGUAUAAAGACCUUCAGAGAUGGUAGUUUACGCUCAUAGUGUAGAUUAACACCAAGCUGGUGCUUACACAGCCGCAAUGUGCUUCACACCAAAGCAGUAAAAAAACUUCGGCGGUGUUAGUUUCCAUUCAUGAUAUAGAUUUGCACCAAGCUGGGGCUUAAGAUAAAACGCGGAAACGGACGGAUGGCGAUGGACGGAUGAUUUAUGCUCUUGUUAAACGUCAUUCAUAGGUCAUAUUGGAAGUAUUGUUUCAAUUAUCAAUGAAACAAGGGCAGUCUUUUGAAAUAAAUGUCAGAGCAGUCCUGGCCUUUCGAGAAAUUGGUAGAUGUCACGAUAUCAAGACCAAUUUCAACACGAUUAAGAAUCUGCCUGCUGCACCGAAGCGAAACCACUUCACCAAUAUUCAAAAUAAAAAGCUCCGCCCAUCGUGAAACAGUGUGCAAAUGAUAGUAUGGCGAGUAAUACUAUGAAUGUUAAGCAAAUGAGUGUGAAUGCUUCUGUGGAAUGCGGAAUAUCGAUUGAUGGUACCUGGCAAAAACGAUGCCAUGCGUCCCACAAUCGGGUUGGCACGGCAAUUUCGUUAGAUACCAAAAAAUGCCUUGAUGUUGAAGUUAUAUCCGAGAAGUGCCGACAAUGUCUCAAAUGGAAUAAGAAGCAGAAUGACCCCAAAUACAAAGAGUGGAAAGCAACACACCAAUAUAAAAUAAAUCAUGAGGGGGUUCCAACAGCAUGGAAACGGUUGGUGCUGUAAGGAUUUUCAACCAGUCAUGUUCAACAAGGGGACUAAAGUAUACAAACAUCCUUGGUGAUGGUGAUUCCUCCACUUGUAGUGCUAUUGUUGAAAAUAAGCCAUAUGGAGAGGAUUGAACACCUAACAAGCUAGAGUGCAUUGGUCAUGUCCAAAAAGGAGUUGGUAGCAAGUUGCAACAACUCAAGAUUUCUGAUGGAAAAGGCUUGUCUGGUAAAGGUAGACUUACUGAUGGAAAAAUUGAUGUUCUGCAAAGUAUUACGGACUGGCAAUAAGAGAUGGCCAAUGCUAUCGAUGCAUCGCUUUUACAUGUUGCUUCCACAGAUGAGAACCGAUAGCAUCAUCUUCGCCCGAAAGGAAAGGAUAUUUGGUGUGGUUAUCAAAGUGACAGUAAAACGUACACACAUAGGAAUGGUAUUCCAAAACCCAUUGUGGAUUUGAUUCAUCCUGUAUAUGAAGAUCUUUCUAAAUCUGAGUUGCUGAAUAAAUGUACACAUGGAUUGACCCAAAAUGCGAAUGAAUGUUCGAGCGGGAAAAUUUGGGACAGAUGUCCGAGAUCUACUUAUGUAAAGCAGGAAACAGUAGCUCUUGCCACGUACUUAGCUGUACUUAAGUUCAAUGAUGGUGACAUUUCGCUCCUCAAAAUCCUUGAAGAUCUGGAUAUAUCACCUGGUUUAUUUACAUGCAAGGGUUUUCUUUCCGGUCAACUUGCAUGAUACGUACAUCAUAUAUUCGAAGAUCAAACCACCGGCUGCAAAAUGAAUCUCUCCUUUGGUUUCGUCUUAUUCAACGACGACACUGAACAAAUGCAAUACCACCAUCCCUCAGCCAACAAUAAUCGUGUUUUCGAUGCCCGGUAUCAAAUACGUAACCGUCAGAAUUUAGCCCAAGUUCGUGCAGCGUUGGAAAACUUGGGAUGUUUUUGAAUGGGCAAGGCAACAACGACCGAAUUCAAAAUGGGUCGGCAUGGAUAUCACUAACGCCACCUUUUACGUGACAACGCUUCGAGAUCACCCCAUCGGACGUUCUGUACGUUUACCUAAAUACGUGUUGGAGAAUCGUGCUAUCGUAUCGCUAGAUUGUAAUUAACAAACUGGCUUACCGUACGAAGACAAACUCUGUUUCUUCGUUGUGUGCCCUUGCACCGUGGAUGUCACACCCAUAAUUUAGAACGUGACACUCGGCAUUACUUCGAACGGUUUUCUGAAGAUGAUAAUUUUGAUGGUGUCACUCUCCAGGAAUUACCAGAGUUAGACAAGUUAUUCGAACUCGAAGACAAAGAAGAAACCAAACUCGUGGCUCAACUUAUAGCCUACAACGCUCCCACAGUGCCUAUGAGAAUUCCAUGUACCUGA